AUGAUCAGGUCGGUGUUGCUACGUAACAGCGGUCGCUGCUUCGUUCGUCAUGGUUCUUCGUCUACGUCUGCUUUGGCGUACAAGCAAUUGCACAGACAUGCUGCUAGACCACCAUUGCCCACUUUAGAGACGCCAUCUUGGAGUGCUGAUAGUGCAGUUUCUUCUAUUUUGUAUGAGACGCCUGCUGUGUCGAGUGAGCCAAGAAAGCAGCAUGUUCUUAACUGUUUGGUGCAGAAUGAGCCCGGUGUGUUGUCGAGAAUCUCGGGUACUUUGGCAGCAAGAGGUUUCAACAUCGACUCUUUGGUCGUUUGCAACACCGAAGUGAAGGAUUUGAGUAGAAUGACGAUUGUGCUGCAAGGCCAGGGCGGCGUUAUCGAGCAGGCGAGAAGACAAAUCGAGGAUCUAGUCCCUGUGUAUGCAGUGCUAGACUACUCCAAUUCGGAGAUCAUCAAGAGAGAAUUGGUGUUGGCUCGCAUCUCUUUGUUGGGUGCCGAAUAUUUCGAAGACCUGCUUUUGCAUCACCACAAGAGUACUGUUGACGUUCAGGAUUCCGUCGACUUGGUCUCCGAGAUCAGAGAGAAGAAGUUCCAUCCAACGAAUCUGCCUAUGAGUGAAGUGUUGAGAUUGAAACACGAGCAUUUGAACGACAUUUCAAACCUGGCCAAGAACUUUGGUGGUAGAGUGGUGGACAUCAGUGAUGCCAGCUGUAUCGUCGAACUGUCUGCCAAGCCUUCCCGUGUCAGCGCUUUUUUGAAGCUGAUCGAACCAUUCGGUGUGCUGGAGUGUGCCAGAAGUGGUAUGAUGGCAUUACCAAGAAUCCCAAUCAAGAGUUUGGUCGAAGAGCAAGACGAAGCCGAGAAGAUCAACGACAUCGUGGACAUCAGCCAGUUGCCUCCUGGUUAA